GAACGUGUCUCUGUCAAAAAAUUGCAAGAGAGGAAGAAGGGAAGACACACCGUUGAUGCUCAUCGUCGUCUUCGUAUAAAGGGUUUGGUGUUGCAUCUGCGUCUCUCUUUCUAAAGUUUGGAGCUUUGGCUGAGAUUUGGCUUCAAGGGUUUUGCUCGGUUCUCUUCCCCCGUUUGAUUUUUUUUUUGCUAUUUUUGGAAACUCUUCCGUGGGUUUGAAGAAAGUGUAAGCGAUGGAAGAGAUCAAGGAGGAAAACGUGUUGAACGAGUUCAGGGUGAGGGGUGAGGGUCUUCGUAACGCGUUGGACAAGGUAGACGCUCAUGCUUCCGACAUACUUAUCUUCAAUGUUCAGUGGAAAGACUUGAAUGAGUAUUUGGAAUCAGUCCAAGGUAAAGUAAAAGAGAGGUUCAAGGAGUUAGAGGCCAAGGAGGUUGAGUUGAAAGAUCAAAGCUUUGCACUUGAGGAAAGGGCUAGAGUGGUUGAGAAAGCUGAAGCUAAGCUUGGUGAUUUGGAGGUGGAAUCUGAUGGGUUUCGGAUGGAAGUUGAAGCAAAGAAGAAAGAACUUGACUUUCUUACGAAACAGUUGGUGAUUUCUCGAGGUGAGUCUAAUGCAGAGGAAGCGAGACUCUCUCGGCUUAGGACACUGGUGGAAGAGUGUGAGGCAGAGCAAAUGUUAAAGGCAAGUCAGCUUAGUGAGAUGGUGGAAUCGUGGAGAAAGACUCACGCUGAGCUAGGUCUGAAAGGUGAACAGCUAGCAAAGAUGGAGUCUGAUCUUGAGAAAUGCUGCGAUGAUGUCAGCUCAGAGACGGAGAUAUUGAGUAGAACUCAAACUCGCAGGAGACAGUUGGAUGAGGAAGUUGAGAGGAAGACAGAAGAUCUCACGUUGGUUCAGACCAAGCUUGUGGAAUGUGAGAAGCUGUUGGAGGCAAGCUCCUCGGAACUGAUAAAGACUCAGGGUAAGCUUGAAUGCAAGAAAGAACAGUUAGGAGAGAUGGAAGCUGAACUUGAGAGGCAUCUUGUUAAGGUCAGCGCAGAAAAGGAGCUUUGGGAAAGGACUCAGACUCACAAUAGAGAAUUGGAAGAAGAGAUAGAAAGAAAGAGGAAGGAUCUUAAAAUGGUUCUUGAUAAAAUUGAGGAAUGUGGGAGGCAGUUAGAAUCGGUGGAAGAGCAAUUAGAUUCCCAGCAGAAGCUGCUUGAGACACAGUCAUCUGAGCUUGUCAUUAAAGAGAAAGAGCUGCAAGCACUUAGUCUUGACAUUGACUUGAGGGAAGAGACGGUCAUAUCCCUAAACAAUGACAUGGAGGAGACUUGCCAUCAGAUGGAAUCAAAAGCCAAGGAGUUGGAGAACGUUCAAACGCUGAUUGAGGAAAGGAGUGCGCAUUGUGAGUCACUCAAGUUGUUGAUUGAGGAACACAGUGAAGAGCUUGUUUCUAAAGAGAAGCGACAUGAUGAGAUAACGGAUACUAUCCGUAAGUUAUCCUUGGAGGUUGUCUUUCAAGAGAAGACAUUGGAAAGAGCUCAAGCUUUUAUUAAAAAGCUCUCUCAGAAACAAGAUUCAGCAGAGAACGAAGUGGAUUGGACAGAGAAAAAACUGGAUUCGACUACAAGACGUCUAGAAAGAUGCAUUGCUAAGCAUAAGUCAAAGAAAAAAGACCUUCGCUCUGUGAAGGAUAGAUAUAGAGAGUGCCUCGAAGAUCUGGAUAUCAAAGAGAAGGAGUUGAAGUCUGUACAAUCAAUACUCAGUGAGUUAAACGAACAAGUUGAGGAAGGAGAGAAGAGAAUGCAACAUUUGAAUAGCUGCAAUGAGGAACUUAACAGACAGCUCAAGUUGAGACGAGAAGAGGCUUGUUCGAUCAACAAGACGAUCAUGGAAUGCUCCGGUGAGUUGAAGGCCAAGAGGAAACAGUGUGAUCAGGUUCAAAGCUCACUUGCUGAUCUUAUUGCUGAGCACAAGUCAGAAGAACGCCAACUUAACUCUGUAAAACAAAAGAUUCAAGGCAGAUUGAAAGACUUCCAAUCUAAAGAGGAGGAGCAAGCAAGGUUAAAAGCAUCAUUGACGGAACGUGAGCAAGGGCUUGAACUGAAAGAGAAAGAGCUUAGUGCUCGGGAGGCAAGGAUUGAUACUAAGGCUCAGCAACUGAAAUCAACAGAACUGAAGUUGGUAAAAUCUUCUAAGAAAACUGAGCCGAAAGCAAAGAAACAAGGCAAGACGGUUCAACAAGUUGACUUGGUACGAGAUGCUAAUGUAUGCGACGAGAAAACUUUGGAGUUACUCUUACGUGGGCAUCUGAUGAAACGUGAUCAGCUUCACCUCGAUGUUCUGUCUUCUGUUAAAAGAUCUCCUGACCCGGCAAAGCUUGUGUUAGACACAAUAGAUGGGCUGUACUCUGCUCAUCAAAGGACUGCAUUUACAAAUCUUGAUCCAAAGAGUGUUCAAAGGAGUAGCAUCUGCUUGCUGGAAUGCUUGAUGGAUAUCUCUCCAAAACCAACAACUGAAGUACAAGGAGUAGCUAUCAAGUUUGCCACUGAAUGGAAGAACACAAGUCUGGUUAAGGCAGAUAAUCCAGCGGAGGUGUUGGAGUUUCUACACUUUCUUGCUGCAUUUAGUUUGGCAUACACUUUUGAUGCUGACCAAGUCCAGAGUCUUUUUGAUGUGGCCUUUCUUUGCAAAUACGGUCCGAGUCUAUGCAAGGCUCUUGGAGUAUCAGCUCUAGCACCACCUGUAAACAAUGUGCUAUCAUUGGAGGAUAAGCCUGAAGAGCAGCCCCCUGAAGUACCGAUCAGCAACAGUGUGGAUUCUCGCUCCCCGGAUGUCCAGCAAAACAUAGCAUCAUCUCAUUUGCCUAAUGAAGAUACUCUUAGGGACUUUGAGGACUCAACUUCUUUUUCGCCGAAUGAAGUCUUUACUGGACUUUCAGCGUUCAAAUCUCCAGGAAGGUUUGUUCUAAAUGCUGUCGAGAAUGCACUCACGGAUGCUCGUCUGAGAGGGGAGUUGAGUUUAAAAGAGCCUAUACUUGUGAAUUUGGUUCCCCUUUUGGAUGAGCUGGCACGUGUUGUACGCUCGACCGAUCCUAGUCUACAGAAUGAUGCAACAAGAGUAGCACUUCGAUGGGUUAGGAUGAUGGGAGCUAGUGUUGAAAGGUCACCACUCGAGGUUUGGGCUUUUCUGCAGUUCAUCGUGGCGUUUGGAUUGGUGGUGAAACUGCCUAACAAAGAUAAAACUUUACAACUUGCCUCGCAUGUUGCUCACUUCAAACAUGCGCCAAAACUCUUCCAAUCUCUUGGUCUAAGUCAUGCCAUCCCUGAUUUUGUGACACAGUUACUUGACAAAGCCAUCUAUAUUCCUGCAAUCCGUUUUAUGUUUUUCUUCAAUGUGGAGAACAGCUUUUCUCCCAUGGAGUUCUUGAAGGAACAGAUCAUCAAUCUCAGACGCUCUGCCAAGGAAAAGAGAAGACAUGAGGCUGAAGAAGCUAACAGAGAUGCUGCUAUACUGAGGGAGAUGAUUGAACUCAUUGAAGACUUCCAGCUGGAAAUUGACAUUCCUGUGGCUCUUAUCCUCAAGUUCAUGGUUCCUCGAGAAAUUGUCUCAUCAUCAUCUGUUCAAGCUCAAUCAACGCAUAUGCAGGCUUCAGAAACAGACAUUCAAAGCUCAUACAUUGCCACCGAUGGCUUAGAUGCCAGCCUUCCAACAAGCUUUGGUUCGUCACCAACUCAACCGACACCAAAUCAAGCUGGUGGUUCAACUGAGUUCCAAGGCCAAUCUUCACAUCAAGCUGGUAUCAAACGUCCAAGGGUGGAUCCUGAGGGUUCUAGACCGGUGAUUAGACCUUGCCUCAAUCCACCACCCGGCUUUGGCAGAUUCUAGUGCUCUGUCUCAGGCUGCAGAAGCUAACAGAGAUGGUGCUACACUGAGGGAGAUGAUGGAACUCAUUGAAGAAUUCCAGCUGGAAAUUGACAUUCCUGUGGCUCUUAUCCUCAAGUUCACUGUUCCUCGAGAAAUUGUCACAUCAUCAUCUGUUGCAGCUCAAUCAACGCAUAUGCAGGCUUCAGAAACAGACAUUCAAAGCUCAUGCAUUGCCACUGGUGGUUUAGAUCCUAGCCUUCCAACAAGCUUUGGUUCGCCGCCAACUCAACCUGUUAACGUAGAAGCGUAUCAAGCUGGUGGUUCAACUGCGUUCCACGGUCAAUCUUCACAUCAAGCUGGUUCUAAACGUCCAAGGGUGGUGGAUCCUGAGGGUUCUAGGCCAGUGAUUAGACCUUCUUCAAUCCACCAUCAGGGUCUGGCAGUUUCUAGUGCUGUGUCUCAAGUUAAAAGCUAGCUAGCUAAGUAGUAGGAAGUAACUAGCAGAAAAACAACUUAUUGUCUUUUGGUCUUGAUACUUGGUUAGUUGCUCCAUGGUCUCUCUUAAUCUCUCUUUUGCUAAAAAAAAAAACAUAUACAGAGAGAAUCCUUUUGGACAAGCGGGGACAUGCUAAAAGUGAUAUGGAGUUUGAAGGUACC